CAGAUUCUUUCGCAAAACAACAAACAAUGUUUAAAUUUUACUUCGCAAAAUGUGAAUACAUUCCGGUGCGAUUUUCUUAGAACAUAUUGCUUCAUUGAAAUAUUUGAAUAACUGACUGUGAUCGCGAUGGUUUGUAGAGCUCUGAAAUGCAGUACAGCUUUCAACAAUAGUAUUGUGAAGAAAUUGGCAGAGUAUUACACGGACUACUGUCGAGAUGAAAUAACCACAUGGAAACGGAUCACUUUGGAAUUAUUAAAUGAGCACGAAGACCAACAAUACAACAAACUCUCUUGGCAGGAUCUCAGAAACUAUUUCAAGCGCAGUCUUGUAUAUCAUCUUUCCCAACUGGAGAUAGCAGGUAACUCGGAACUUGUUGAUCGACUGCAAUAUCCCUAUCUCAGGAAGGUUUACGUCGUGACGAUAAUGCUUCUUGAUCAUUACCCAGCAAACACCUCUAAUCACAAAAUCAAUAAUUCAAUUGUACGUGAUAACAAACUUUUUAUAAAAUACAUAACUAACGGGAACUAUGAUCCAUUGGUCGUGGAUGCAUUUAAGCGCCACGGCAAAAAAGGAGUUCGCGUAUACGUCCCCAUAAACGUUGAAGAUCCAAUUUAUCAGUUAACCAAGGAUGAGAUACAAUUUCUCUUUCGGGUGGAACAGAUCCGCACCGAUUACAAUAAACGGGGCAAGGAACGUUCGCAGGUUCCCCCCACUGCUUCUGCGACAGCUGGAUCUCCCGUAGUUUUGGAUGGCGUUCCAGUGCAAAUUCAAAAUGCAAGCCAGUCAAGAAACUGUUUUUCAGUUCGUAAUUUGCUUGAAGAGGAAUCAUUGACAGUGAACACUCAGGAAUAUGCUGAUAUUAUAAAAGAAUCUUUAGAACAAGAGCUACCACCCCUAGUUCAAAGCGUGAUGAAUGAUGACACGGAAGGUAGCUUGACUUUUGCGAACAGAUCGAAUUUCAGUUGCAGAAAUGAAGUUGUAUAUUUGGAUCAAGAUGAAAUAUUAAAUGCAACCGGAAUGUUGGUCGUCAAUCAGGAUCCACUCUAUUUGUCCUGCCAAUCGAAUAAUAUCAGCAGAAGAACAUCUUCGGUUUGUGGCAACGAAUCGGUUAAUUUGAGUGCUAUGUUGACACCGUGCAGCGGAAACAGUUCCAGAAUAGACAUGCCGGUGUCAGAGGAAGAUCCGAAUCAAACAACGCCAGUCAUCAAACAAGAGGAACAAUCAUCGUCCUCGGACAAUUCUCCUUCUGAACUACAAAAUCUUCAAAACAAUGUACCAUCUGAAUCGUUCAUAGCUGAACAACGCAAUAAAGGAAAUUUCAUCGCGAUUAGAGACAGCAGCCAAAUAUCCGUCUCGCGAAACAAUGAGGAAAAUGUGUUCCAAACGUCUAUUGUUGGUGUGGAACAGUCAUGCUCAACGCAAUCCCAUAAUAUCAUUGUGACAUCCGAGAAAGCUGACAAUGAACAAAGCGUUCCAUGUCUGGAACGCUUGCAACAAAGAUCAUCCCGAGACUAUUUUCCAGACGACUUUUUCACCGAUGAUGAGGAUGCAGAAAAGGAUAAGGAAAGUAACGAGGAGCAAAUGGACAACCUGGAUAACAUUGCAGACGAAAAGAUCGUCGAACCAUUGAUGCUGAAAUCGUUUUCUGACCGAACCUUUGAUUCGUCGUCGGAAGAAAGCCGUACCGAUGACUCGAUUGAUUCAACAUCGAGCGUCGCUGGAAAUAUUUCGAUGUGUAGCCUGUCCUCACCAAAUCAAUCGAAUAAAUCAGCUUCCGUAGAUGAAGGGUAUUCGUACAAUUCGUCUAUCUCAAGAGCAAACAAUCCUAUUUUACAAGAGUCAUCUUCAAAUGAAACUCAAACUUGCAGAGAACAAUUCACCUCAGAAAAUAGUAACAGUGAAGAGGCACUGGAAACACCGGAACCACAGAAACAUUUAGAGGAUGAACCAAUAACGAUUUCGGAUGAUGAUGAAGAAUCUGUUGCUCCCUGUACGAAACCUUGCCAACCGAAUUCGUCGCGAGAUUAUUUACCAGACGAUUUUUUCACCGAUGAUGAAGAAUCAGAGAAGGAUGUAAAACGUGAAUCUUCGAAUAGUAUCGCGGAGGAAAAAUAUACCAAUAUAAACAUAGAUGGCUGCCAUAUAUUGGAUUGUGAAGAGCGCAACGAUAGCAACUCGGUCAGUUCAACUUGCUUGGACGUUUAUAGAAUAAUAUCAGAAAGUAGUUCAAGUUCCCUUGAAGAGUCUGAAACAUCAUCGCUGGAUGAGAACAAUGUUGGCUCCGAUGAGAGACAACAUUGUCCUACUCGCGAUGUAGGAACGAAUAGAAAUGUGGAACCCUCUUCAACUCACACACUGAAUCAACCAGGAGCAGUUGAGUUGAAUAGCAAUGAUAAGGACGUAACAACAGAUGCUCAAACGUCUAAUGCGGUUCUCGAAGAAUGUCAAUCGGUGGUCUGCUCCACUACCACCGAUACGGUUGGGUCUACAUUAAUCGCUCUAAAUCCUCAUCCGGUACAUGUUGACGGCAAAGAUGUUCUACCCGACGACUUCUUCAGUGAGGACGAGGGUGGUGAUGUAAAUGUAGAAGGUAAAAGCAAGCAAUCAGACGCGAGCGUAUCAAAUUCUUCCAAUUCGUUUGAUACAGUUGUCACUCGUAAUACUCCAGAUACGACUUCAAUUAAUCAGGAGAAGCCAAUCAGAGACUACCCAAGCGGGGAAAUCAAAAGCGAUCAACCAAAGCAGGCCCCCAAUUGUGGAAACUCCUCUUCGACUGUAGUUGCAGAAACGAUUAUCGACAAUUCAGUGGAGAAAUCAAACGGUGUUGACGAAAAUAUUGAACCAUAUAUGGAUACACCGCAUUCAACCAGUGAAUUAGGUACGCAACUGAUAUCGGAUGCACCAUCAGCGGACAGCAUCGAACAACUGGAUAGCAACGUCCCAAUAGAUCUUUCAACAUGCAAACAUAAUAAUAGAUACAUCUCGUCCAAUCAGUCGAUCUGCUGGAGGUCGACACAAAAACUGCUGAUACCAGUCGUUCAGAGUCGUCUUAACAUGUACGGGGCAAUGCGAUACCGAUGGCCAGAGUUGUUCUCCAGAGACAAACCCUUUACGAACAUUAUGGAACUGUGCUCCACUAUGACAACAAUGUUGUUCUAUAAUCUGAAACCCGAUAAUUUCCAAAGGAGCAACGUGUUUAUUCAAAUGAUUAAUGCAAUCGCUUCUCGAGUGGCGUUUGGAAUCGCUACCGAUGGUCCCGCACAAGGGUUUAAUAGGACGGUCAUCCCGUCAUCCACUGAUAAUGAUCAGUUGAUUCCCGUACGGAAGAAACCCAGACUGAGAUGAGCAAUUGUGUAAAAAACAGCCAUUCCAUCGAUUCGGAACGAACUGCCAAAUUCAAAUGUGAUAUUUCGAGUGCCUUUGCACUAAACUAUGAUGUAGAGCAAAUAAACAAUUGUUGAUUUGUGUUUCAAUAA